AUGGCACGAUUAAUUGUGCUACUAUGGAACAUUUGGAAUUGGUGUAAUAAGUUUGUUCAUGAGGGUGAAGUUCAGGAGGACAGAGAAGUCAUCAUUGCUGCUUGGAAUAUCUAUUUUGAUUUCUUUGAAAUUAAUGGGAGGACGGCGCAUUAUAAGGUAAAAUCAUUCCGAUUGAGAAUAUGGACUAAACCCCUUGAUGGGGUUAUCAAGAUCAAUGUGGAUGGUGCUUAUAGUUCUACAGCUAAGUUUGUAUCUUUGGGAGUGGUUGCGCGAAAUUCUUAUGGACUGGUACUCGGGGGUUUGUGUAGGAGGAUUUUGCAUCCGUGCAAUACGGAGGUUGCUGAAGUGGAAGCCGUCACCCGAGGGCUCAAAUUUGCAAUUGAUAAUGGGUGGGACAAUGUUAUCAUUGAGGGGGACGCAAUUACAAUUGUCAACAAGAUAGUAAAUUGGAAAGACGAUGUGUCAAUUAUCGGAUUGUUACGCAACGAAACGCAUGGGAUGCUUUCUUCCAAUGAGGGGUUUAAACUUUUCUAUGUCAAUCGGAAGGCCAAUAAAACAGCGCAUAGUCUUGCUCAAUGA